AUGCCAUCUCGUCGACGCGUCCAAAUUAGCAAAGUCACUGCAGUGAGCCGACCUGCCUGCCUAUGUCGAGCCGCAGCCACCUGCCGAGACACUCAAACGCACUUACACCCACCAACCCACUUCACUUGGCCCCCAAACGUCCUCGCAAACGAAUUCAAUCUCUCAUUCGCUCUCGCUGUUACACCCAACGCCGACGACGCCUCGUCCCGGGUGCUGAGCUGCCGUGCGCCGCGCCCUUCACCUCAGCCGGCGGGCCAUCUCGGGCAGCCGGGCUCCGCCCGGAUGGCUGCCUGA